CUGCUAAUGAUGGUUGUUCUUUGAUGAAGACCCUGCGUGGUGAAAUUGCUCACAUGGCGAUCCUCAGCCCUAUCGAGGAAAGCGCGCAAGUCUAGAAUUGUCGAGCCGAGAACCAUCAUAAACGUCAAGAUCGCCGGCGCGCAACGGCGGGGAGCAGCUUGGCUAUUAACUGACGAAGCGCGAAACAACCCAAAGCUCGAUCAAAUAGCAGCCUUCCAGUAUUGAAAAGCGACCGGAUUGACAUCGAAGUCUUCUGUUUGGCGCCUUUCGUCUACUCUGUUCCACCAAUCCGGGGGAUCCUACGAUUCCGACUAUCUAUUUUGUGUGCUUUGAUGCGUUCAAACCGCCUGCCCGAGCAUCAUUUGCAAGUCUGUUUGUGCGAGAGCUACCCCACGCCUGAGGCUGAAUGUUUCAUUCUGCUCGUCGAUCUCCCGUUCACCUGCUAGAACCAGUAAGGAGACACAGGCGAAAGAAGUAUAGCUCAAACCGCAACACCAUGGCUACGCUCAACGAUGUCGAAGGGCUCUCAGAGGUCAUUGGUCGAGCAAUUCAGGAGCACCUAGAAAGAUCUAACAUUAAUGUUGCUUGGCCACAAAUAGACGGCUUAGUCCGUCCUAUCCUCCGAGUCGAAGCCUUCCUGGAGGAUGCAGGCCCUGGUAGUCCUUCUUCUCAACGCUCAGAGAGGGUGGCAUCGGUGAGUAACCCUUCCAUAUCUUUACCCCGCCAGGACCAAGAUACGAUGUCGCCGAGCUUCAAGACGCAGUCACACAACUCAGAUGCCACAGAAGAGGUUGUUAAUGGAUCUGAUUCCCGUCGAAAAGGUACUGGAGGUCUGAGGAUAUCGCAAAACCAGACCAUCCAGGAGGAUCACAGUGAGCAUCAGCGGCAGAUGCAGGUCGAUACGAGGAACUUCCCCAAGCGGAAGAAGGUGACAUCGGAGAAGUUUGUCUUCCAACCUUCCUCACUUGACAAGUUGAUCAUCGGCAUCUGGGAGCAGCUCCAUGGCUCCAUCAACCUCGACCCGAAGGCCAUCUUCGAGCAGUUCAAGAUUGCCCCCGCGGGAUCUUCUGACGUCGUCCACCACAACACGGCGGACGUGACGGCCAUGGACAUGCUCAGUACGACGACCGACGGUACCCACGAUUCGUUCAGCCAGAUGAAUAUGUUCUGCCGCAAGGUCACGCAGGCAAGUCGUGUCUGCCGGUCCAUCGAGAUGAUCGUGCAGGCACGAUGGACGGAGCUCUUCGAGGAGCAGAUCCAGUUUCGAACCGCUGAUGUACCUGAGCUUUCAGCCACCAAACACAGGAAGGCCGUCUUCAUGGAGGCGUGUCAGGACUUUGGUUGGUCCGAGAAAGAGCUGCGAAAUAAGAUGGCCAUCUGGCGAGGUUACAAGGAGGUCAAAGAUGCGGCAGGGUGGGCAGCGCUCGUGUUCGCCGGCAUGGGCAUUUACCGGUUCUGCAAAUACCGCGUUGGUUUCGACAAAGACACGAUGAGGCGACUGCGAAAUCUGCGAAAGAGACUCGAGGUAGCUGCAGACACUUUGCACCCUCACUGGCGGCAAUUAUUGACGAUUGUUGGCGAGCCCCAGACGCUGCAAUACCCGGGCCACCCACACGAGUGGGUAGUUUUCGAAGAUGGCACAGACCCAGUUCCGCUACGGCAAACCUACCAGGACCAGGAACGCUACUUUGCUUUCGAGCACAUUGAUGAGUCGAUUAUUGAUGAGUCGGUCUGGGGAUGUGAAGAUCCGCGAUGGAUGCCACAACCCAACCCCGUAGCCCGAAUCAAUGGCCAGUACAUUUGCGCGUCGUGUGGGGAGCAGCAAUCGGACGACCCAAAGGCCAAUGCCUGCUUCUGCUUUCCGUCGCUGUUUGGCUGUGUGAAGCGUAAACCUCCACCUAUUCAGGUGUUCCGCACGCCAGAUGGGAAGAACAAUGGUCUGGUAGCUCUGACAUCGUUCGAAAGAGGAGCAGCGAUUGGAGAGCUCGUUGGUCUGAUAACAAGAGGCAUGAGCGGUCUUGAUGUGAUGGACAGCUCCACCCCACUAUCAAAUUACCAGAUCUGGCAAGGUAGGAUAGGCAACUACACUCGCUUCGCAAACCACAGCUGCAAGCCAAACGCACAGUCGUCCAACUUCACUUGGCUGGACACACAACGAGUUCUCAUCGUCAGCAAAGGAAUCGAGGCGGGUGCGGAAAUAACGCUGGAUUACGGUGAUAAGUACUGGGCUGGUUUGGACAAGGCGUGUCUUUGUGGUGAAGCGUGUUGUAGGUAUAGAACUAGAGACCACGACUCAGAAUUUAGUUCGUCUGACGAAGAGAUCUUGGAGCAUCAAGUGGGCUCGAGGAAGAGGAGAAAGCUGUCACCCAGCGCCGAGGACUCUGAUCAAUCCUCUGAGGACCGCCAGGCUGCAGCACCAGCUCCAGUGUUGCUAUUAUCGAACAUUUCGAGAAUCAAGACAAUACCACAAACGGCCCGGAAUGGAGUCAAGACUACUACGCCAUUGCAAUCUUCAGUACCACCCACGAAGGAAAAGUUGAGCUUCGCUUCUAUCGAUGUAGCACCCUGGCUUGUAGCGUCUCUGGCAUCUAUGGAGAUCAAGAAGCCAACUGGUAUCCAGGCCGCAUGUAUUCCGGAGAUCUUGAAGGGAAGGGACUGUAUCGGAGGAAGUCGAACUGGUACAGGUAAAACUGUAGCCUUUUCCGUACCUAUCAUGCAGAAGUGGGCAGAGGAUCCUGUGGGCAUCUUCGGACUGAUCAUCACACCGACAAGAGAGUUGGCCAUCCAGAUUUUCGAACAGGUCAAGGCGAUCUCAGCACCUCAAUCGAUGAAGCCGAUCUUGAUCACUGGUGGAGCAGAUCAACGCGAGCAGGCCAUCAACCUAGCUUCAAGGCCGCACAUCGUUGUUGCUACUCCAGGGCGUUUGGCUGAACACAUCAAGACCUCUGGUGAAGAUACCAUCUGCGGUCUGCGUCGUGUCAAGUUCGUUGUUUUCGACGAAGCUGACCGAUUGCUUACACCAGGAAAGGGCAGCAUGCUUCCGGAUCUUGAAACCUGUCUGUCCGUCGUACCGCCACCAACACAACGUCAAACACUUCUCUUCACAGCCACAGUAACACCAGAAGUCCUCGCACUAAAAGAGCAACCACGCCCUGGCCGACCCCCGAUCUUCGUUUGCGAAGUCGACACAGAAGACCUCGCUAUUCCACCCAAGCUGCAGCAGAAGUACAUCCAAACGCCUGUCACCCAUAAAGAAUGUUAUUUGCACGUCGCACUGGAGACACCAGAAAACCUCAAGAAGUCCGUCAUCAUCUUCUGCAACCGCACCAAGACAGCCACAUUGCUAGAAUACAUGCUUCGCCUCCUGGACCACCGCGUAACAGCCUUGCAUUCCGGCCUUAAGCAGUCCGACCGUGUCAACAACCUCGCGCGCUUCCGUGCACAAGCCGCACGUAUCCUGGUCGCAACCGAUGUUGCAGCUCGAGGUCUCGAUAUUCCGGAGGUUGCGCUCGUUAUCAACUACGAUGUGCCUCGCGACCCAGAUGACUACAUUCACCGUGUUGGUCGUACGGCUCGUGCUGGACGUGUGGGUACGAGCAUCACACUGAUUGGCCAGCGAGACGUUGAGUUGAUUCUUGCAAUUGAGAAGCGUGUUGGCAAGAAGAUGGAGGAAUACGAGGAGGAGGGUGUUAGUAUUGAAGGCAGAGUUGUGCGCGAUGCAUUGAAGCCUGUCACAGAGAAGAAGCGCGAGGCCAUGUUGCAAAUCGAGGAGGGUCGCGACGUUCUGGGUAAGAGGAAGACCGGCAUGCAGAAACGCAGGGCGAACUAG